CCCAUCCCGCAGCUGCCCCCGCCGCCCAAAGACUUCCUGGCCCCGCCCUCCUCGGUCAUGGUCGGGGGCGUGCUGGUGCCUGUCGAGCGACCCCUGUCCCAGCCUCCUCCCAGAGGGGGGGAGGGGGAGGUGAACCCCACGACCCCCCCCGGCUCUCUUCAAAGAUCUGCCCCACCACGGCGGAGUCAAAGACCAUUUCCCCUCCCGCCAGGCCCCCCCCCUCCACCGGCCUCCGUCCUCCAUGCUGGGGAGGGUCCGCGACGGCCCCAGCCCCCCGCCCUCCUCGCUGGGCCUGCCCUCUCCCCCGCUCGACCGCGCCCACCACCAGCUGAACCAGCGGCCCCCGGGGAGCCCGCCUCCCCACCGGCGGCCUCCCUCCCCAAUCCUGCGCCAGCCCCACCCCAAUCACGGACCCCAGCUCCGCCCCCCGCACCAGCAGCCGCGCCCUCACCCGCCUCCCCUCGCGCAGAGGCCGCCCCUCCGCGGCCACCUCCCCCGCCCCCCGCCCCAGGCCCACUUCGACCAGGAGCCGCCGUACCGCGGAGGCAAGCGACCGGGGCCUCAUUUCGGCAGGCCUCCAAGAGGGGGGUUCGGCGGAAGUCCCUUCUACCCACCAAAAAGGCCUUUCUUGCCCCCACGCUACUGACGCAUCAGUCAUGACACAUAUAUAGCUGUUUAAAAAGGGGCGGAGCAAAUAAGUGACAUCAUCCCCCCUGUCUCGCAUAUUACGAAUACUACACGUAUUGGCUGAGUCCAUCUACACACAUGCUCCAUCUGGCUGCUACACACAGCAAAUGGUACGGUGUAUUGCACUAGUCCAGCACACCAAAAACUACAGUUCCCAGCAUCCCUUUCACCAACCUGUCCUAUUGUGUAAGAUGAAGGAGGGGUGAUAUUGAUCGGCCAAAUCCGACCGCACUCUGGCAAGAGGUUCCAUACCUCCCUGCUGAAGUCGAGGGACAGAAACAAUAGGACUAGGAUGAAGAAAGUUAGGUCCGACACAAGAUAGGGAAAGAAAACGACAAGGUGGUCAUUUAAUUUGGUUCCUUUUUCACCCCCAUCCUUCUGGCCUUUUCAGAAUCAGAAGUCUAUAUUUGAGUCAUUCAGGUAGAGGAAAGAAUAUGAGAAAUGCAGUGUGCUGUGAGGGGAAUAAACCUCACUGAACGAGAAUCUUUCCCUCCAUCCUCCCGAAAUCCUUGUACCUGUCUGUGUGUUAUGCGCUCUGCAGUUGAGUGAUGGGUGACGGUUCUUUUUUUUAAGCUGACCAGAUGUCACCAUGCCCAUCAGCUUUCCAGCUGCGAUCAGUUUUGUCUAAUUUACCAAUUUAAAGCCACAAGUUACCCCUUGGCCAUCGUCCAGGCUGAUAUUAUAAUAUCUCUUUCUGUGUAUACAUAUGAACACUUAUUUAUGUAUGUAUGGACUGAAAGAGUACAUUUGUUACCUUCUCGUCAACAGUUUGUUUUCUUGUAAGGGGGGAAAAAAAGAUAGUACAAUUACUGUUUUUGCUAUGUUGAAUCAGUUUGAAUGCAACAACAGGAAGGAAGCAACAAACUUGUUCAUAAACUGUACGUCAAACAAGUAUCCUCUUUGUAAUAAAGCAGUGGUUCAGCAAUCGAGGGUUAAAGCAAAGACACCCUUCGAAUGGAAUAGCGUAGCGUAGGACUAUUUGAGUUUGAAAUACAAGUGCAGCAAGUUCAAGGGUGAAUCAACUUUUACAUGUACUGAAUUUAAUAAAAAUACAAGUUUGAAAACAACCAGGGGAAGGUACUUUCUUUUACAGCUGCGCAGUCACUUCGGUGGGAAGUUUCAGAGCGGCUUUCGCUGGAGUCACCUGCGCCGGUGCGAUUUCUGUCACUGUCGCCGCCGAUACUGCUCACGACGUUUAAAAAAAGAAAAAAAAACAUACAAACAAAAAAAAAAAAAAAACAACGCCUGUGUUCAGUCUGUUUUAUUUCUGUUUUUAUGUCGCGCAACAGAGCAACCGUUCUGAAUAGUACUGGAAGUUGUGAACCAUGUACGGAGACAAAGAUUUAAAUCUCCAGUUGGUUUUGAUUUUAUUUUGUUUAUCUUAAAUUAUUUUUUUUUUUUUAUUUCAUUUUUUUUUUUGUUAUAAAGUAGCAGGGAAGUGUGGUGUUUGUAUGGACAUUUUGGGCAUGGCUGCCGUAGUUGAUGCAAGAAAAAAAGAAAAGAAGAAAAAACCAUACAUCUUUCAGACAGCUACUUUUGUUUCCUAUCGUCUUUCCACAUUUGACUGUUGACUAUCCUCUUUUCUUAAUCUCUUGUGUCUCAGCCUUUUUGCCCUUGGUCUCUUCCUCUCCUCCUCUUCCUCUCCUCUUUUGGCUCCUCUCCUCCCUCCUCUUUAGCUUUCUGCUUCUUUUCACACAUUAUUCUUUCACCAAGAAGAACUGACAAACUUCACAAAUGGUUGGAUAGUAAACUGUAGCGGCAAUAUUCAAAUAAUUAAACUCGUUAAACUUG